AUGAGUGAAGGUGAUAAUGAUCCUUUUAAGAUUGAUAAGCUAAUCGUCGACUAUGAUUAUGUGUUAUAUAAGAUCCAAGACGAGCUAGAAUCGAUACGAUUAGAAACACUAGAAGUUUGUGAGAAACAAAACCAGUUAGUUGAAAAUGGUAUUAUAGAAGAUGUAAUAGAUGCAAAUAUUGCUAUGACAAAGGAAUUGCUUGAAAAAUGUGACGAACUAGAUAAGCACUACGAUCAACUGGAUGCUGUUGAAGGUAUUGUUGUAUCUUUCAAAAGUAGGUUAAAAAAUGUAAUAACACAAUAUAAGAAGUAUGUAGAUAUGAAAAAACCAUAA